UCUCUUCUUCGCAGCUCCCUACAAUCUCCGCUUUUCUCUACUUGAACACGUUUGCAAAAUUUUAUCUUUCUAUCUGAAUCUGCCAUAACUACUUGGAUUCCGUCCUACCAUUAAUUCUGUGAAGAAGUUGAACUUAAAAACAUACCAACUUUUCAAGCAAAAAAAAAAAAAGGGUUAGCUUCAGAACACAAAAAAGAAAACAACAUGAGCAGUAACUUGGAGACAAGGUCUUUGCUGGAUGACUGGCGUAACUUCGACAAGGGAUGCUUCUUCGACCUUGGACACCCUCUCCUCAACCGCAUUGCUGAGAGCUUUGUCAAAGCUGCUGGCAUUGGAGCGAUUCAGGCUGCGGCGAGGGAGUCUUGUUUCAUGGCUGUUGAAGGAACUGAAUCAAGUAACUCACCUGAUAUCACCGGUUCCAAGAACAAGAAGAACCGCUUCCCUGACCUCAGAGGAGAAACCAAUCGAAAAUCUCUUGAAGCAAUGGUGAAGAGCACUGGAAAAGAAUCUCUACAGUGGGGGCUAGCUGCAGGAUUGUAUUCAGGUCUCACAUAUGGACUAAAAGAGGCUCGUGGAGCUCAUGAUUGGAAAAACAGUGCAGUGGCGGGAGCAAUUACAGGAAUGGCGCUGGCACUCACAUCCGAGGAAGCUUCCCACGAGCAGGUUGUGCAAUGUGCCAUCACGGGAGCUGCUAUUUCGACUGCUGCAAAUCUUCUCACUGGAAUAUUCUAGCUUUACCUCACCGGAAUAUUCUAAUGCUGCCUUGGAAUUUUAAGUUUGCCUUUUCUGCCUCGACCAAUUUGUAGCAUGUUGGUACUUAAGUUAUAAACAAUGUUCUUUGCCUAGGAAUGUUUUUUUUCUUUAUGAACUAUCAUCUUUCACCACAAGUACAAAAGGAUUUGGCCUUACCAGCUUUUGUUAAAUCAAGCAUGUACUUUAUUU